AUGUUGGACCAAUGUUUGGAGCUCAACGAGGAUACUUCGGGAGAAACAUGCGCGGAAACAUGCAGGGUACAAGGCCAGGUUAUAGUGUCUCUAUUGUCGAGAGAUAGCACUAGAGGUGAGCCAGCGUCAGCGCCAGGCGAGGGAUCCCCAUUGGCAGUAGUGGGCCCGGCUGGAGAGGUGCUGGCUCCGAGAGAACAGUCCAUAAACUCCAACUCGGCAAACGAGUUGCUACCGUUACAUUGGGAGAAGCGACUCACACCCACUGGAAGGCCAUACUACGUGAACCACGCACUACGUAGGACACAAUGGGAGCGCCCCGUAGCGGAGCCCCCGAGCCCGGUAUCCCCGCAGACGUCCACACCGCCGUCCUCGCCCACACCAUCAGCUCCCACGAGCCCCAGCAGCCCCUCGCAGGCAUCACCCUCCCCGGAGAACGAUGUCAGCCACGGCACAUCUAUAUCUUUAAGACCAGAGCCACAACCUCAGACAGCUGUACGUAGUCGUUCACAGACUACUCCAGUGUCCCCGAAUCCAGCAGCAGUGGUGGCAACUGACCUGCCACCUGGAUAUGAGAUGCGCACAACCGCCCAGGGUCAAGUGUACUUCUACAACAGCGCGACGGGCGCGUCGACGUGGCACGACCCGCGUGUCCCGGUACAUCUGCGGCACCGCGCCUCCGCUGGCCCCCUGCCCCCGGGGUGGGAGAUGCGCCACACGCCGUCCGGACGACCGUACUUUGUAGACCACAACCAUCGGACCACACAGUUCACUGACCCGAGGCUGGCUUUGGAGGCGAGGCUGGGCACCACGGAAGCUAGUACCCCGGUAGCUCCGCCCCCCGCGGCCACGCCCGCGCCGGCGGCGGCGGACACCGACGACGCCCUACCCAAAUACAAGCGCGACCUGGCGGCAAAGGCGCGCGUGCUGCGAGCUGAACUGCAAGCGCUGCAGCCGCAGACUGGACAUUGUCGAAUCGAGGUAUCUCGCAACGAGGUUCUCGAAGAAUCCUACCGGUUAGUCAUGAAGUUGCGUGGCAAGGAGCUUCGGAAGCGGCUGCUGGUGAAGUUCCGCGGGGAGGAGGGGCUGGACUACGGGGGCGUGGCGCGCGAGUGGCUCCACCUCCUCGGCCGAGAGCUGUUCAACCCCCACUACGGCCUGUUCCAGUACGCUAACUCUGGGGAUGACAGAUACGCGCUGCAGAUUAAUGCUGAUUCUGGGAUAAACCCCGAACAUCUUUCAUACUUCCACUUCGCGGGUCGCAUACUCGGCGUGGCGUUGUUCCACGGCCACCAGCUGGACGCGGCGUUCACCGCGCCGUUCUACAAGCAGCUGCUCGGGCGGCCCAUCACGCUGCGCGACAUACGCGACGUCGACCCCGAGCUGCAUAGAUCGCUGUCGUGGAUGCUAGAGAAUAGUAUUGCGGGCGUCAUCGACACGACGUUCUCGGUGGAGUGUUCGUCGUUCGGCGCCGUGCGCAGCGUGGAGCUGCGGCCGGGCGGCGCGACCGAGACCGUGACGGACGCCAACAAGCGCGACUACGUGCGGCUGUACGUGGCGCACCGGUUCACGCGCGGCGCCGAGCGGCAGUGGCUCGCCCUGCAGCGCGGCCUGGCCGACCUCAUCCCGCCGCAGCUGCUGCGCCCGCUGUCCCCGCGCGACCUGCAGCCGCUGCUCGCCGGCCGCGCCGACCUCGACCCCGCCGACUGGCGCCGCCACACCCGCCUCAAGCACGUCAACCCCGACGCCCCCAUCGUCGCCUGGUUCUGGGAAAUCGUCGAGGAGUUCGACGCGGAGAUGCGCGCGAGGCUGCUGCAGUUCGUCACCGGGUCGCGGCGCGUGCCCCUCGCCGGCUUCCGCGCGCUGCAGGGCUCCACCGGCGCCGCCGCCCCCCGACUGUUCACGCUGCAUCUCGUCGCCGAUGCCUCCCCCGACUCCCUGCCCAAAGCUCACACCUGCUUCAACCGUCUCGACCUCCCCCCGUACCCGACCAAGGAGAAGUUCCACGACAAACUCAAGCAGGCCGUGCUCGAGACGGCCGGGUUUGCAGUUGAAUGAUACCACCCCGAGCGAUCGACUUUUAUCCGAGUGCUGUGGCUCCGUUGGACGUAUUGGAUAUUAUCGUGGAAAUAUGAGACUGACUCAGACAGAAAUUGUCAUGACAAGCUGAUGGAAGGAGACGAAUUGUGAGGUACGGGCUAAUUAACGACAAUGAUGAACCUAAUUACUAAAUAAUAAUUCUCAAUGAAGUACUUCCAUUUUAUAUGUUAUUUCUACUCGAGUAAGGUAUAGUCUGUCAAGAAAGUGAAGAAAUUAAACAGUGUCAACAUCGUCGUGUCAUCCCUUUUAAAUCAAUCUAAGAAAAAAGGG